CCUCCAUGUUGUCUGGAAGAGAUCAACAGCUUGCCUGUACAAGAAUGUGAUAUUCAAGCCUUCAACAUUGCCCCGUGGAUAUCCAUGUGACGAUAGAGGCAAUAAUGGCAAACAUCAUUUCGGAUCUUAGUCGUACAGCAUGGCGUCUUUUGGCUGUGUUGGUUAACAGCCGAUUGGGCGUUUGGUAUUUUGGUAAUGUAUACUAUAAGAAUGGCAAAAGUGAUCCUAUUUUCUCUUCACAUUCAUGCUUCUGUAAAGUUGCUCUCGUUCUGCAAUCGAUCGGCUGGUCCAUCAAAAAAUUAAGGGAAAAGGAGUAUAAUAUCAACUAAGGAGGCAAAAUUCAUAAAACCUCCCAAGAACAAGGGAAGCUGGCUUUCCAAUCUUGCUUUGAUGAUGUCUGCUUCUGCUUAUUCUGGGAACGAGCUUUUCCCUUUUCCACUCAGUCCGCCUUCAUUGGAUUCUACCCGUAGAAGACGUGCUCCAAGUGCAUUGAAACUUGGAGCAGCUUAUCAAAAACGUAUUCCACGUACUUUUCGCAAAUUUCAUUCUCCCAUUCAUCCUAACGAUUUAUCAGCAGAAUCGCAUUGUGUAGAAGAAGUCAAGACUGGCAGGCUCGUAGUCAAUCACAGUAAGAUCGGAACAGUAAGACGUUAUUCGCCUGAGACGGUCGGAUCGCCAACUCAAAAAGAUUCAAAGGAAUUCCAAAUCAAACGAGGAGAGCAAAUGCUUUUUGGCUCAAGCGCUACGUCGCCAUCCUCUAAGUCAUCUACAGGCUCAUCAAGUCCUUCAAAAACUUCGAUUGAUGACAGUGCAACGUUAUAUGACGGUAUCUCUGAAGGAGAGAAAGUAGAACGCCGUAUGAUCUACAAGCAGAUUAACGCUUUACUUGAAGCAUCUUGAGGAGGAGCGGUGUAAACCUUACGGUCAAGUGCAAGAAUCCUACUGAAGGCAAACACCAUCACAUGACAUUUGUCCAGGCUCUAAUGUAUACAUCAAAGACUACUUCUCCCUUUCUCGAUGGCUGUUCCUCGACGACAUAUUGUAACAAUUUAAUCAUGGUUUGUUCCUUAUUGGCCGAGAUUUCAAAUCUAGUUCGGAUGUAAUUUUGCGCAGUUGAUCAUCCUAUUAGAGUGUAUUUUUAUCAUCCAUCUGUCUGAUCAAGAAGUUGAUUGACUAAGUCAAAAGGAAACUCUAAAUUCAUGAUAAAGG